UGUCAUGGCGGCCUCCUGGGCCGCGGGCGGCCGGGUGAGCGCGACUCAGUCGCGGCGUUGGUUCCGGCUGCUCCGCGGGACUGCUGGGCGAUGUCUGCUUCGGGGCUUCCGCACUGCAGUGGCCUUUCAAGCAGAAGAUGAAAACUGUAUGGCUGAAGUAGUGAAUGUGGUGUUCAUAGACCGAUCAGGACAACGGCUCCCAGUGCAAGGCAGAGUCGGGGAUGACGUGCUGCAUUUGGCUCAGAGACAUGGCAUUGACCUAGAAGGUGCCUGUGAAGCAUCUCUUGCAUGCUCUACCUGCCACGUCUAUGUGAGCCCUGACGUCAUGGACAAACUUCCUUCCCCUGAAGAACGGGAGGAGGACAUGUUGGACAUGGCACCACUGCUUCAGGAGAACUCCCGCUUGGGCUGCCAGAUCAUCCUCAGCAAAGAACUGGAAGGAGCCGAGUUCACCCUCCCCAAGAUCACCAGGAACUUUUAUGUGGACGGACAUGUCCCCAAACCCCACUGAGGGCAACCGAGCCAAGGGCUGAACUGAUCUCUAGACAGAGGCUGACCCUGAACAGAAUCUGUUCAGCAGGCUGCAGAGAGCAAGGCAGCAAUGUGGCUGAAGGAGACAGGAGUUGUAUAAAAGGAGGAAAAGAAUUUGCUCUGUGAGCAAGUGACUUGUGCUGAGGAAGGAAUUUUGGGUCAGCCAAAUACAGCCACUCAUAAAGCUUAAGGUGCCAUCUUUCUGUGCCUUUGUCCCUAAGCAAUCACUGUGUUGAGCACAGUUUCACACAUGGCACAAGGAGGAUGUUGGGAGAAGAACCUUCUUUCCAAAUAGCUGUUUUCCUGGGUCUUCUGGGCAGCAAAAUAGAAGACAUUUCAGGAGGAAAGAGGAGCUGCAGUCUUUUCAUGGAGGCAGAGAGUUCUGCGAAGUAUUUUUGAAUGCAUGGGGAAAAAAGGGGAAUGUGUGGGUUGUUCUCACAGGCACGUUCAUUAGUUCCCUUUGUAUGCUUUCCCAUUAUAUAAACAAUGCUUUCAUCAACAUUGUUCUUGUCCCUCAUCUGCCCCUUGGUGGCAAAAUCUGUUUCGUGCAGGAUUUGCAUUCCCCAACAGGCAAGAGGUUGCCUACUUCAUGUUUCCUGUUGGCUUGUAUCAAUAAAUAUAUGAAAGCAGA